AGACCUUCCACAUUUCGUUGUCCAUAAUAAAAGUUCACAUAAAUUAAGCCUGCCGGGGGCGAGAGAAAAUGAAGAUAAUACCAGCACGCUAGCUGACGCAAAGAACAACUUUUGUGUUAGGUAGAUGCUGAAAUCGUUCAAAUUUGACACAAACUCCUUUGUUGUCUCUCGUUGUUCGUUGUUGACGUUCCAUUGGCAAACUAGCACGCAUGUAAUCGAUGGAGAUUCCCGAAUAUAAUUUUCCUUGGGAUCAAAUCUGAUCUUUCAAUACAAUCGAUGGUAAACCACAUGUUGAAAGUAGAUUUUAAAAAAUAGAAGUAGAAUGUAUGUGAUUGUUAACAGUGAAAAACGGAGACCAAAAUGAUUGUAACAUAUAAAUGGCGUUCCUAAUUUGCAAUCAACUUUCACUAUUGCGUCGUAGACACGGACAACCCUAAAAACUUGGCUUUUAACCAACGAGACUACAGCGCCGAAUGCAGAAAGUGAAAGGAGGCGAAAAGGAGAGAAUCGGGAAAGAGCCGAAGGCAUUAACUGAACUCCCGUUUUUCAUAUAUGCCGAAAAACUAAACCAAACGUUCAGGUGUCUUAACAGUCGAGUGCCGACGUUCCAGUUGGUUAGUCACACGCAAGGCAGUGCAGAUGUUUAUCUGAGUAUUUCCAAUCCAAUUGUUGUUAAAAAUUCAGCAAGGAAAAUGUUAUCAAUUCGAAGGUCGAGCAAAAAAGAUCCAACCGGAAAAGCAGAAUCUGGAGGUUACACCAAUGAUGCUUUCAUUAAGGAUGCGGCACCACCGACUGGCGACAACGAACGUGAAAUUGAAAAUUAUCGACGAUCGACCAUCAAGAAAACAAGAAGCGAUACUUACGGUGCGAUCUAUUUUCGUGAAUCUAGUGAAGACGAUGCUACGGAGGCCAAUCAACGCUCAAGCCUCCGUAAAGGCAAAAAUCAACCUUACCACCGUCAACAUUGCGCAAAGCGAAAAUUCAAAGGAGGCCACCAUCACAAGCGCGCACGCAAAAGACCAUCCACGACGAACAACGUGGCCGACGAUGACGAAAUGGAAAACCAGAUGGCCCACCGAUUGAAAAGAGCGUUUAGCAUUUCUAGUGAAUCAAACACGAGCCAUACGGAAUUGCAAGGCAUCGACCACAAGGAGAAUUUCUCGUCCAUGCCUUGGUACAGCGGAUGUUCCAUUUGGUUGCAGCAAAUGUUGGCCGUGGCUAUUGAAGAUUUGAUCAACACCAAAGAAGCGUCAGUCAUUCGCCUUUCAAAACCUUUUUUCGACGAUUUGACCGACGAGUCUGUCUGGCGUGCAAUGCCCGUUGAAUGUCGAGACAUUGGCAUUUUAAUGGCGGCCCUUAAAGGGAAUGUCGUCAUGUUGAGGUGUUUCCUUGCACUUGGAGGGGGCGCCAAUGUCACAGAUUUGGUGGGACGAUCGGCUCUUCAUUACGCAGCCAGUUCGUCCAGCGCCGAUGCUGCCCUCUGUAUCGAAUUGUUAAUCAAACAUGGUGCCAUCGUCGACUCAUGGGAUUUGAACGGUGAAGCGACUCCGUUGAUUUGCGCAGCUGCUUCUGGCCGAAUGGAAUUGGUGGAAGCGUUGUUAAAAGCCGGAGCAGACGUCAAUGCUGGACUGUCCGACUCGAAAAAUUUGGAUGGUUCCAGCCCUUUGGUGUGGGCCGUACGGGCCCGGAGUUUGGUUUGUGCUACGCGACUAAUUGAGGCCGGUGCUGCAGUCAAUAGCAUCCAGGUGUACAGUGAAUCGCCGAUUCACGUGGCCGCUGUUCAGGGUGACGUUAAUUGUCUGAAACUGCUGCUGGACAACCAGGCAGACGUACGUGUCCUGUAUGGAGCUGAACGGCGAAAUCCACUUCAUUUGGCAGCUUUCGAAGGCAACGUCGAUUGCAUCCGUUUGCUCUUGCACACCAGCAAAGCGCAAGUGAAUGCAAAAGAUUCUUUGGGUCGGACACCUUUACAUUUGGCAGCGCUGUCCCAAUCGGUGGAUUCCGUGGAAGAAUUGCUGGACAAUGGAGCGGAAAUUGAUAUUUGCGACGAGAUGCAAGAGACGCCCCUUCACAGUGCCGUCGUCAAAACUCGUCAAUCCAUCGACGUGGUCAAAUUGCUUAUUUCGAAGGGAGCCAAUGUCAAUGCGAAGGAUCAAUUUGGACAAACACCUCUUCAUAUAGCGGCUUUCAAUGAAAAUUCGAAAUUAGCUACUUUGUUGAUCCAUUCCGGCGCCGAUUUGUCGGCUAAAAAUCGGGGGAAAAUUUCAGCUCUGGCGUCGGUUGUUCGACGAGUUCCAGACGCGUUAUCGGCCAUUCCGCGUACGUUGGAUUCGGCCGUACAAAUAGUGGACAAUGAUCCAGCCGAUCCAGAUUGCCAAUUGCGAUUAGAUUUGAGAGUCUUGGUGCCUGGUGGCAAUCAAAAACAAGUGGGCGAAAUGGGUUUACUGACGGCGUUAAUUGCGGCCGAACAGCGUCACACACUCCAGCAUCCCGUCAUCGGGGCUUUUCUUCAUUUAAAAUGGAUGAAAAUUCGCAGCAUUUUUAUCGGCUCGCUUAUCUUCCAACUCUUCUACGUUCUCUUUCUGACGCUCAACAUUCAUGCGAUUUUCGUGGUGGACGUCAAUGUUAUACUGGCCCACAAUUCAACCGCAAGUCCUGCGUUUAUACCUUGGUCAGAACCGUGGAAGGCAACGCUAUGGUGGCUGACGGUCAUUGUUGGUUCGGCAACAGGUUGCAAGGAAAUUUUCCAGCUGUACUGCAAUCCAAAUGAGUACAUCAGAGAUCCGGAGAACUAUGGGCAAAUAAUCUCGGUCGUCGGAAUGGUCCUCUCGUUUCUCCCACCUCAUCCAGAACACAAGAAACACGGCGACGAAAGUGACUGGCAGCAUCACUUGGCCGCCAUUGUUAUUGUCGUAGCCUGGAUUAAUUUAAUGAUGCACGUCGGGCGAUUUCCAGUGUUCGGUCUGUACGUGCAAAUGUUCACUACCGUUGCACGAAACAUUGGUAAAUUGUUGGUGGCUUACGUGAGUCUCAUUGUCGGCUUUGCAAUGGGAUUCGGCGUUUUGUUUCCGGAAACGCAAUCCUUUUCACAUAUGCCUUAUGCACUCCUUACGGCAUUUGUCAUGAUGGCUGGUGAAUCCGAUUACAGCCAAAUAUUUUACGAAGCCAAAGAGGGUAUCAAGUACAACGGUACCACACACCUCGUUUUCCUGGUUUUUAUUCUCUUGAUUUCCGUCGUUUUGAUGAAUUUAAUCGUCGGUUUGGCCGUUUCCGACAUUCAAGGACUGCAAAAAUCUGCACGCCUAGACCGGCUCGUCAGAUUAACGAAACAGAUUGCACGCAUGGAAAGUUUCAUUUUCUUCCCAUGGCCCAUUCAUUUUUCCAGUCUAUGGUCCAAGUUUCCUAAACGUGAAUCCAUACGGCGACAUGUGCUUGUUGUGUCACCAAAAACAAAAAGGAAUUACAACUUCAGGCCAAACGACCCACGUGACCAUCACUUCCCAGCCGACAUCAAGGAGAAUCUGUUGAAAAUUGUUGUUCAGAGAGUUACCAACAAGAAAAAGGGUACACAAAAAUCCCACGUACCCAUCAUGCGAACGGUGACGACACAAAAGAUGGAUGACAACAACGAAGAACUCUACAACGCGGUGCUAAAUCGAGUGGACGAACUCUUUCACAAUUACAUGUCACAAAUUGUUUUGAUGAACACUCAUAUUGAAGAGCAACUCAACCAAAUGGCUAGCCGACCCACCUGGUCGUCGACUCGAUCGUGGCAGCAACGACCCUCUUGUGAUUGUUCCAUGAUUCACGAAGAGUCCUUUACUCGAAAGAGAGCGUAUUCAGUCGCUGCUGAAUCACUGGCAUGAUCGCAGUUUGGUAUCAUCAAUUACUGCUCUACAAAUAUUAAUUACUUUAAGUGAAAAGGUUUUCAUGUGGAUUACGUUAAAAUCAACUCAUAAAAUAAUGCUUGUACUAUAAUCAUAAUCUUGCCUAAGAAACGAAAAAUAAUGCUUGAUCGAAUCCGUGUAGAAUUUUAAAAACAAAUGAAAAGAUAGAGUUGAACAAUUGGGAGUAACUGAAUAGAUUCCGAGGGUGAACAACGUGGGCGCCAAGACUUUGAUAAACAACAAAUGGCUUCAAGGUUUGUGCAAUAAAUGAUCACACUGCCCUCUCUGUUCAAACAAGAAAAAUAAUCGAUGAACAAUUAUGUUGUAGAUAUCGAUUGCUUAAUUCUGACCCGCGAUUCUUAAGUUGGAAGAAAUUCCGUCUGCAAUACAAUUUGUUCUAAACUGGCAAA